UUGGAUGUGCAAUGUCUUUAGUUAUGCUGCCAAUUAAAGAAAAUGAACAGCCUCCUUUGGAUAUUUCAAUAUCGUCAGAAGACCAAGAAGAUACAAGCUGGAUUGAUUGCUCAGAAGAAUUAUCAAAAAAUUGUUUUUCACAAUUUGGAGAAUUACGAAAAUCUGGCCAUUUAACAGAUGUUAUAAUUAAAGUUGAAGGAAGAGAAAUUCCAGCACACAAAAUUAUUUUGGCAGCAACAAUUCCUUUUUUUAAUGCAAUGUUUACUUGUGAAAUGAUUGAAGCUCAUUCUAAUGUUAUUACUUUACCUAACAUUGAUGCAGACACGAUGGAGUCAAUUUUAAAUUUUGCUUACUCUGGUCGUCUUAAAUUUACAUUUAAAAAUAUUGAACGUUUAUUAAAAGCUGCUGAUUAUCUCCAACUUACAAUUCUUUCAAAUCGUUGUGCAGAAAUUUGGAAAUAUCGAAUAAGUGAAAAAAAUGUAUUUUCUAUUAGACGUUUUGCUUUAAUGUAUAAUAUUCCUCAAGCCGUAAUCGAUGCCGAUUGUUAUAUUCAACAAAAUUUUUGUUUUAUUUCCAAAACUACAGAAUUUGCUCAAUUAGAUUUUACAACUGUUUUAAAUAUUUUAAAUUGGGAUCAAUUACAUGUUGAUAAUGAAGGAAGGGUAUUUGAAGCUGUUUGUCAUUGGAUUGAAUUUGAUAUUUCUAAUAGACUUGUUUUUGCUCCAAAACUUUUAACCGCUGUUCGUUUACCUCUUUUACGGCCUGCCUACCUUAUUGAUAAAGUUAGUCGUAAUCCAUAUUUUUGUAAUUCAAUGGAAUGUAGAGAUUUAAUUGAUGAAGCAAAAAAUUAUCAUUUAAUGCCAGAAAGACGCUCAAAUUUCAAUUCAAUAUUCAAAAUAAAUAUAAGAGUGUGUACAGAAAUGCCUGGGAAUAUUUAUGUUUUGGGAGGAUUAAAUCAAAUACAGCCUUCUAUUGUUGAAUUUUAUGAUCCAACAAUUAAAAAAUGGAAGCCGAGUAAAGUAAUGACUUCGCAGAGGACUAGAGUUGGUGUUGCUGUUUCAAACGGAAAAAUUUAUGUUGUUGGCGGCUAUAAUGGUUCCGAACGUUUACGUUGUGUUGAAAUGUUUGACACAGUUAGUGGAAAUUGGGUUAAGCUUGUUUCAAUGUUUAAACGCCGUUCAGCAAUGUGUGCAACAGCUUUGGGUGAACACGUUUAUGUUAUUGGGGGUUAUGAUGGAACUAAUGCAUUAGAUUCUGUGGAAAUUUAUGAAAUAAAAAGUGAUUAUUGGGCUUUUGGACCUCCAAUGUUGGCUAAAAGAUGUGCUGCUGGAAUAGCUAUUUCGAAGGGGUUAAUUUAUGUAAUCGGUGGUCAUAACGGCGUUCAAAUAUUCAACACAAUGGAGUGUUACGAUCCAGUUAUUGAAAAAUGGUCUUCUGUUGCACCGAUGUUGGAACCUCGGUGUAGAUUAGCAGCAACUUCACAUCGAAAUAAAAUUUAUGUUGUUGGAGGUUAUUACGACGGCAACUUUCUCAAAAGUGCAGAAGUUUACGAUCCAGAGACUGAUACUUGGUCCUCAAUUGCCCCAAUGAAUUUAUCGAGAGCGCGUGUUUCUCUUGUAACUAAUGGGAAUUUUUUGUAUGCAAUUGGUGGAUAUGAUGGGGAGAAUAAUCUUAACUCGAUGGAAAUAUACAACCCAGCCAAAAAUCAAUGGGAAUUUGGUGCACCAAUGACAUCGCAUGAAGGCUUUAUUUUAAAGAAAUUUUUUAAUAAUUAA